UUCACACUGUCGUUGUUACAAGUGGUAAAAUAACACCCUCUUAUGCAUUCACAGUACCAGUCCUUACAGUGACAACAAUACAUAUUUAACAGACCGCCCGUUUGAAUCCAAAAACAGCGCUUUCCUAAAAUCUGACUGCUAUAACCAGGAAGUGCUGAGGGGGUCAUAUGAUUGUAGAAAAUGGCUGCGGUGCAGUGGCGAUCCAGGGGGCGCAACUAUGAGGCAGAGCUGCAGAGAUGUCGUCCUGAGGCUGCUCUGGUUGACUUUGGAGACUACCAUCCCCUCAAAUCCAUUAUGGUGACCGAUACAAAGACCCGCCGUGGGGCUCGUAAAGGCAGCACCUCCUCGUCUUCGUCCUCCUCCUCCUCGGCACCCCCGGACCCCCUCAGCUCCAUGCUGGAUGGGACCGACCCCCUCUCCAUGUUUGCAGCAGCCUCGGCCACUGAGACUCCUGCCAUGGCACACAGCGCCUCCGCAGGGGACCUGGGGAGGAAGAAGUGGGAGAAGGAGAAGGAGGAAGAGGUGGUGGGACCAGACUUUGAGCCCUGGUCCUUAAAACGAGGAGAGAUCCUGGCCAGGUUCACCACCACUGAAAAACUCUCAAUUAAUCUUUUCAUGGGUUCUGAUCGAGGAAAAGCUCCAAGUCCGGGAUCCUCCGCUGUGUCAGAGAAAGUUCGAACUCGCCUCGAGGAACUGGAUGAUCUGGAGGAGGGUUCCCAGAGAGAGCUGCUGAACCUCUCCCAGCAGGAUUACGCUAACCGCAUCGAGGAGCUGAACCAGUCCCUGAAGGAGGCCUGGGCCUCGGACCAGAAGGUCAAAGCCCUGAAGAUCGUCAUCCAGUGCUCAAAGCUUCUGUCCGACACCUCGGUGAUCCAGUUCUACCCCAGCAAGUUUGUUCUCAUCACCGAUAUCCUCGACACUUUCGGCCGCCUGGUGUACGAUAGAAUCUGGACCAUGUGUUCAGACCCACGACCCCUACCAGACUCGUUCACAGUCGACGAUGUGAAUGACACGGCCAAGGAGACGUGCCUCAACUGGUUCUUCAAGAUCGCAUCCAUCAGAGAGCUUCUGCCCAGAUUAUACGUCGAGGCUGCUAUUCUCAAGUGCAACCGCUUCCUGAACAAAUGCGGUAUUCAGGAGACGCUCCCUCGGUUGACAGCCAUGAUCAGAGGGAUCGGAGACCCCCUGGUGGCAGCGUACACCAGAGCUUACCUCUGCAGGGUGGGCAUGGAAGUCGCCCCCCACCUGAAAGACAGCCUGAACCGCAACUUCUUCGACCUGCUGGGCGCCUUCCGGCAGAUCAGCAGCGAGAGCGUCCAGAAACAGCUGGUCCUGCAGAGGGUGGAGGUGCCCGAGUACCUGACGCUUUAUUCCCCCGCCAUCAGCUGGAUCCUGCAGUGCAUCGCCUACAGAGCUCCAGAGCCUCUGCUGACGGAGAUGAUGGAGAGAUGCAAGAAGCUGGGGAACAAUGCUUUGCUCCUGAAUUCAGUUAUGAGGGCGUUCAGGCCAGAGUUUGUAGCAGCCAGAGCCACCGACUUCAUCGGUAUGAUCAAAGACUGCGACGAGGCCGGCUUCCCAAAGCAUCUGUUGUUUGGCUCUUUGGGCCGCAGCGUGGCCUGUGCCGACCCUCCAGAAUCGGAGAGACUGACGAUCCUAAAUGAGGCCUGGAAGGUUGUAACCAAAGUGCGCAGUCCUCAGGAUUACGUCAACUGCGCUGAGAUCUGGGUGGAGUUCACCUGCCGACACUUCUCAAAACGUGAGGUCAACACGAUUCUGGCUGACAUCAUCAAACACAUGACCCCUGACCGGGCGUUUGAGGACGCUUAUCCUCAGCUGCAGUCAGUGAUCAGGAAGAUCCUCACCUACUUCCACGACUUCUCCGUCCUCUUCUCCAUGGAGCGUUUCCUGCCGUUCCUGGACAUGUUCCAGAAGGAUAGUGUGAGGGUGGAGGUGUGCAGAUCCAUCAUGGAGGUCUUCAUCAGACACCAAGUGGAGCCCACCAGAGACCCAGUCAUCCUGAACGCCAUGCUGCACAUCUGCAAGACUAUGCACGACUCUGUCAAUGCUCUCACUCUUGAGGAUGAGAAAAGAUUGUUGGCUCUGCUGAUCAUCGGCUUCAUCCGCAUGGUGUGUUUUGGGCGUGACUUCGAGCAGCAGUUGAGUUUCUGUGUGGAGGCCAGAGCCACCUUCUGUAACCUGGAGUCAGUGAUGGUGCAGCUCAUCCAUACGGUGAACCAGCUGGCAAUGGAGACCAACCGGGUGAUGAGAGGGAGUCACUCCCGCAAAACGGCGGCCUUCGUCAGGGCGUGCGCUGCCUACAGUUUCAUCACCAUCCCGUCUCUCAGCAGCAUCUUCAGUCGUCUCAGCCUCUAUCUGCUGUCUGGUCAGGUUGCGUUGGCAAACCAGUGUCUCUCCCAGGCGGAUGCUUUCCUGAAGGCGGCGGUCAGUCUACUCCCGGAGGUCCCUCGCUCCAUCAGCGUGGAGGGGAAACUUCGAGGGUCCGAGAGCUUCCUGUUGGACUUCAUCAACAACUUCCUGGCUACGCUGCUGGUCGUCCCGGACCAUCCAGAGCAUGGCGUGCUCUACCUAGUGCGCGGUCUGCUCAACAUGAUCCAGGAUUACACCUGGGAGGACAACAGCGACGCCAAGGUGCGGGUCUACGUCAGCACUCUGCCCCUGCUGGCCGCCAUGAGCCAGGAGACCUACCUCUACUCCAUCCCUAAAGUGGACUCCAAUGAGACUCUUUACGGAGGAGACCCCAAGUUCCUAUUGGAGAUCAACAAGCUGAGCGAGACUCUGAUUGGACAGGUUCUGGACCAUCUGAAGGCACUCGGCCGGGACGAGCAGAGCACACGGCGUCAGGGCGCGCUGGCCUUCUCCCUGUUCGGCGUGCUGCUGGCUCACGGCGACCUGAGGAACAACAAGCUGAGCCAGCUGGCCGUCAACCUGUGGAACCUCAGCCACAAACACGGAUACUGUGAGACCCGCGUCUCGGUUCGGACCCUGGAGUUCAUCAAACACCAGGCUCAGCAGGCGGACAUGAGCCACCUGUCAGACACGGUCCAGCGGCUGGCGCUGCAGUCCCGCACCUGAACCUGAACCUUGCUCCACGACCGCAGGAGAAUGUUUCUGCGCCAAGGUUUGUGUCAAUAAAAGAUAACAAGAAGCACAAAGAAGAAGAAAAAAAUGCCCGAAUGUGUUUGGCGUGAGGACACUUUGUGAACAUUUCAAGGGGUGUGAAGAUUUCAUUUUACAUUUCAGCAUUAAAUAUUUACAAUCAGUUUGGACCAAUAUAAAAAAAGAGAGAGCUCUUCUUGUGCCAAAAUGUCUUGUUUUUUUGCACUAAACUUUAAAGAAAAUUCUUUCAAGUUGAGUUCAUUGCUGCUAUAUUAAGUGUGAAAAUGUGGGGGGGUCCAUUACAUAAAGUAAACUACAAAACCCCUAAAUGAAUGAUCACGUGAUUCAAAGUUUGCGAAGAAAGGAAAAAAAUGAUAUUUCUCUGCAUGUUUUCUGGCCUUCUGUCUCGAGUCACAUGAGGGCGAUAAACGAGCCAAUAAGCAUCAGAUCUUCAGCAGACUUUCAGCCCAAUUCUUGUCGUCCAACUGAAAUGGCUUCAAAGUCUGAAAACACACCGCCACGGUGCUAAAAACUAAUAUUUUAGCAGUGGUACGUCUUUGUCACUACUGCACGUUUUGUUGUAAUUUUCAAAGAAAACUAUCAACUUAUGCCACAACAGUUCUUAGAAUUGCAACAUCAUCUGGCAUCACACACAGUUUCUAUCGUGUUAAUAUUAUCGGUUUAAUAAUAUCGUUUAACAUGUACUCCUCAUGCAUUUGUAGAAAAUAAACAUUCAUCCUGCUUUGUAUUUACAGUAAAUUACCAAUCUAAGUAUGAAUCUAUUUGUAACCCUGUCGUUUAAAGUGCAAAGCUAAUGUACCAAUUGCUUAUUAAAUAUCUUAUGAACUGGA